UUUCUGCGUGAAACAUCCUCUAUUUAACCUUAAGAAUUUUACACCUCGGAGUUUUGCUUUUCCAAAUCAGCAAGCUGCUGUUGUCAUCAUUCCACCAUUAAUUAGAAGGAAAAGAGUUUGAGUAAUGCAUUCAUUGCAGGGAAGUGUCUCUCCACUAAGUGGAGAAACUAUUGCAAUUUUAAACUAUGAGAUUGAAUUUGAUAGUUCUUAAAAGCAUAGAUUAAUUUGUACUAUUAUGAUUUAAUUUAAAUGAUUCAGAAUUUUAGUAUAGACAUGGUGGAGAGAAACUAUGUCCGCAUUGAAUGGAGGAUAUGGAUCCUCCAGAACUUUAUCGUGUCUAUAGUAAGAAGGCAAUUAAAUAGCAAGUAGGGUUUACUAUUGAAGUGUAUAGUGUGGGUAAGUCUACCUAAAAUUUCAUGUCUUAUUCCACCUAACAAUUUUCACGACCAUUCAUUAAUAUAUUAAACAGUGAGCGAGCCUUGAAGAAAAAGAAAUUGUUUGAUUGACUUGAAAACACUGGGAAGUGGAGGAGUGCCCUGCUCCUUCUCCGCUUCAAGUUCCUAAUUGCUUAGCUACACCUACCCACCCUCCCAAAUCAAUCUUGCAAUGCCGAUAACCCCAACGUUAAUUAAUUCAUCAUCCUGCGUGUUCCUCUCAAAUCAUCAUCAUUCAUUCUCAGUUGCUCUCCACAUCUGGCCAACUACAAAAAUCCAACCUUAUCUUUGUACUAUAAAUUUUUUGCCUUUAAAUAACUCUGUAUGUCUCCGCCAAUGACACCGUCCAUGACGAUGGAUCAUCCUCUUUCCAAAACUUUCCGAGUCACUGUCCUUUCUGCCUAGUUUUCAGCUCCUUCUUUUAGGUUGUCUUUUUGCUUCUCCAAAUCAUAAUAAUUCAGGAGACGCACAAUCUCAACAUCCCUUUCAGGUUCCCACUAUAUAUGCAACAUUUUGAGCCACCCCUUCCCAGAAUUUCCCGCAUACACUGUCAGUGACAGGCAAUUGUGGGACUUCGUCGGCCCCUGACCGCUCUUUUCAUGGAGGAUCAUCAGAAUUCAGCGCCAAAUGCUAUCGGCCUCUGCCUCCUACCGUCCGAGCUUAUGCAGAACAUCUUUCUCUCUCUGGUUUUACCCGAAAUCAUCCGGUUAAAGCUGGUCAGCAAGUCGUUCUCCGAUAUCAUCUCCGACCAGAGCUUCGUCCGCGAGUGUAACUCGCGGUCCAGCUCCACGGCCUGGCUCUUCGUCUACAAGAAACGGUGGCUUCGCGACGCCGUCCUCCACGGCUUCACCGACCGCUCCGACCGAUGGUUCCGGAUCCCGAUCACGGAGCUCCUGAAGCCCAUCCGCCUCCACUCCGAAGAUCUCUACUUCCUGACUGCCUCGGGGAACGUCUUCCUCUUCGCCUCCAACACCGUGAGGGAAGUUAUUGCGGUUAAUCUAGUCACCAUGACCGUUAAGAAGAUCCCUCCCAGCCCAUUGGGCCCACGCGGCACCUCCUCCUGGAGGAGAUCGGGCAUGAAGCUGGUGACCGGCCCACCCGGGUCGAGCCACUUCAGGUUCAUGUUCGCGGAGUUCGUGGAGAACCGCCCGGUCGUCUUCGUGUACAGCUCCAUCACGGACACAUGGAAAGCCACAGAAGCAGCAGAGGACACAAACAGAGGACAGGAAGAAGAGGACGACAAAGGCAUAUUCCUGAACGUGAUCAACGGUCGGAGAGAGAGCGUGCUGGUAGCGUGCACAGGAGCGUGCGAGUCGCCGGUGGUGGUGCGGCCGAGAUUGGAGAGAGGCGGAGGCGAGGGCGAGAGAGACAGAGAGAUGAGAGUAGGGUUCAGCUGGGGGAACGUGAUAGACAGACUACACGUGUACGGUGACGGGUACAUGAUGAUCGUGGAAUCAGAAGGAGGAGGAAGAGACGGGAGGAAGAGGGUGAUGAAGGGGAUAGAGAUGUGGGGCGUGAAGGGAAGAACAGGGAGGGAAUGGCAGUUCAUAUCAAAGGCACCGGGCGAGGUGAUGAAGAAGAUAGAGAGGGUCUAUGGGGUCAUGAUGGGUUGCUUGGGGCAGAGGAACGGAGUGAUCAGAGCAUCUCUGGUGACGAAUUGGGAAGGAGUUUGGGACAUCAUGUGGAUCUCCUUGGAUUCCAACACCAAUCUCUGGUCAUGGAUUCCACUGCCUGACUGCAAGAUGAAAGGCUGUAACUUGGCCGGAAUCGGCUUCUCCUCCGGCCUUACCCUGCCAUGAUUCCUUCCAUUAGAAAUGCAGGCAAGUGCAUUUUACCGAGGUUGUGAAUAGUGCGGCUUGGCUUGGUUGUCGCCCGUGAUGUCUGUGUACAAGUGUAUGGAAUACCCAAUCAGAAGCCUUGUUUUUUCUUUUUUUUUUCGG